AAAAGACAUUCGUUAUCAGUGGCACUGAUACAAUACAUUCGGCUCUUGCCGCUACAAUCUUUUCAAAUAAUCAGAAAACUUUCACAAAAGACAAUGGAGCCAAAAAUCAGCCUUAAGGAGGAGCCGGCAUACCAGAAACUGCGGGACUUCUACUGCCUUAACCAUGAGAAAAUCAACAUUCAACAGCUGUUCCAACAGGACCCUGAAAGAUUCAAUAAAUUCAGUCUCCGUAUCCCCACUCCUAAUGAUGGGGAGAUCCUCCUCGACUACUCCAAGAACCGAGUGGACUCCGCCAUCAUGGCAUUGCUUGUCAACCUGGCCCGCACCCGCGGGGUGGAGAAGGCCAGAGACGCCAUGUUUGCAGGUGAAAAGAUCAACUUCACGGAAGACAGAGCUGUCCUACAUGUAGCCCUGCGCAACCGAGCCAACCGCCCAGUGCUGGUGAACGGCCAGGAUGUGAUGCCCGACGUGAACGCUGUGCUUGACCACAUGAAGAGCUUCUCUGAGGAGGUCAUCAGCGGGAAGUGGAAGGGAUACACCGGCAAAGCCAUCACUGACGUCAUCAACAUCGGCAUCGGAGGCUCUGACCUCGGCCCUCUCAUGGUGACAGAGGGACUAAAACCCUACGCCAACCACCUCAAAGUCCAUUUCGUCUCCAACAUCGACGGCACCCACUUAGCUGAAGUACUGAAGAAACUGGACCCAGAAACGGCCCUGUUCAUUAUAGCGUCCAAGACUUUUACUACUCAGGAGACGAUUACUAAUGCUACGUCGGCGAAGACAUGGUUUUUGGAGGCGGCUAAAGAUCCGUCGGCAGUCGCUAAACACUUCGUGGCGCUGUCCACUAAUGCGGAGAAGGUGACUGCGUUCGGGAUCGACCCCAACAACAUGUUCGGCUUCUGGGACUGGGUCGGAGGCAGAUACUCGCUCUGGUCGGCCAUCGGGCUGUCCAUCGCGCUGCACGUCGGCUUCGACAACUUCGAGAAGCUUCUAGAAGGCGCACACUUCAUGGACAACCACUUCUGCACCGCGCCGCUUGAUAAGAACGCGCCAGUGAUCUUGGCCCUGCUCGGCAUCUGGUACAGCAACUUCCACGGCGCGGAGACGCACGCGCUGUUGCCGUACGACCAGUAUCUGCACAGAUUCGCGGCCUACUUCCAGCAAGGCGACAUGGAGAGCAACGGCAAGAGCGUGACCCGCUCCGGCGCGGCCAGCGAGGGGUCAACUGGCCCCAUCGUGUGGGGCGAGCCCGGCACCAACGGGCAGCACGCCUUCUACCAGCUCAUACACCAGGGGACCAGGUUGAUCCCAUGCGACUUCAUAGCGCCGGCCCAGACCCACAACCCGAUCGCCGGCGGCGUUCAUCACAAGAUCCUGCUCGCCAACUUCCUCGCGCAGACUGAAGCGCUCAUGAAGGGGAAGUCUGUUGAUGAGGCCCGAGCUGAGCUGGAGAAGGCGGGCAUGAAGCUGAAGGAGAUUGAGAAGAUCCUCCCGCACAAGGUGUUCAAGGGCAACCGGCCCACCAACUCCAUCGUCGUGAAGAAAGUCACGCCCUUCACACUGGGAGCUCUUAUUGCAAUGUACGAGCACAAGAUCUUCACUCAAGGAGUCAUCUGGGACAUCAACUCGUUCGACCAAUGGGGAGUCGAGCUCGGCAAACAACUGGCCAAGGCCAUAGAGCCAGAACUACAGGACAAGAAACCCGUAACCAGCCAUGACAGCUCCACUAACGGACUUAUCAACUUCUUGAAGGAGAACUGGUGAAUGAAUGAAAGUGUACUGAAUGAAUGAAAGGUGAAGGUUAAAAGGUCACAAGUUUUGUUGAUAUUUAUUUUUUAAGAGCUGUUUUGGAUCGUAUUUUAUAUUGUCUAUGAAUCUGUUAUGUAAGUAGAACACCUUGAUAUUUUACUGUCUAUUGUAUUUAAUGGAAUAUUUACUGCCAUGUACUUAAAAGUUAAGAUAUAACUUUUGUAGCAGUUAUUAACUUUAUAUGAAAUCGCAAUUUAAAUAUUAGAUGUGUAUUAACGAAUAUGUCAUUUAUACUAGGAACAGAAUCAUAAUCGUUUCUAGGCCAUAAUUUAAGUAAUAUUUAAGUGUAUGUUUUUUAGAUGCUGUCUUAUAUUGUUUUUAAAAUCAGAAUAUAUUUUUGUUGAAAAUUAUUACCUAAUAUAGAAAUUAUGCUUAUAAAAA